AUGUGUAAGAAAGCUGCCUGCUCUACCUGCAACAAGGCCACCUGGUGGGGUUGCGGGAGCCAUAUCCCCUCGGUGAUGGACUCGAUUCCCGAGGCUGAGUGGUGUGCCUGCACACCUCAAGUUGAGAAGGAUGGCAAGAAGUACCCUCCCAAGGCUGCUACGAUGGGUUGA